UUUUAGAACGGUUUCCAGAAGUGAUAGGAGGGAUUGGGCAGAGCAGCUAAAUAUAGUCCAGGGGCCAGGCUUAGUCUGGGAGGGUCUUCCGCUGAGCACUGUGUGCCCAUCACGCCAAGUGUCCACUGCCAGCUGCCCCUGUGAGUCCCCGUCCUUGCUUGGAGCCUGCUGCCUGUCUCAGAUCCUUGGACACAGCCCUGACCCCGGUCCAGCUAGGCCCGAUCCUGACCGGUCCUCCUUAGAGUCUCUUUCGGCCUAAGAUCUCCAACCAGACUCGUCCGCCAUGUCGGCUGCGCCCGGCCUCCUGCAUCAGGAGUUGUCCUGCCCGCUGUGCCUGCAGCUGUUCGACGCUCCUGUGACAGCCGAGUGCGGCCACAGUUUUUGUCGCGCCUGCCUGGGCCGCGUGGCCGGGGAGCCGGCGGCGGAUGGCACCGUUCUCUGCCCCUGCUGCCAGGCUCCCACGCGGCCGCAGGCACUCAAUACCAACCUGCAGCUGGCGCGCCUGGUGGAGGGGCUGGCGCAGGUGCCCCAGGGCCACUGCGAGGAGCACCUGGACCCGCUGAGCAUCUACUGCGAGCAGGACCGAGCGCUGGUGUGCGGAGUGUGCGCCUCACUCGGCUCGCACCGCGGCCACCGCCUCCUGCCCGCCGCCGAGGCCCACGCUCGCCUCAAGACACAGCUGCCACAGCAGAAACUGCAGCUGCAGGAGGCUUGCAUGCGCAAGGAGAAGAGCGUGGCUGUGCUGGAGCAUCAGCUGGUGGAGGUGGAGGAGAUGGUGCGUCAGUUCCGGGCAGCCGUGGGGGACCAGCUGGGCAAGAUGCGGUUGUUCCUGGCUGCACUGGAGGGCUCUUUGGACCGAGAGGCAGAGCGUGUGCGGGGCGAGGCAGGGGUCGCCUUGCGGCGGGAGCUGGGGAGCCUGAACUCUUACCUGGAGCAGCUGCGGCAGAUGGAGAAGGUGCUGGAAGAGGUGACCGACAAGCCACAGACUGAGUUCCUCAUGAAAUACUGCCUGGUGACCAGCAGGCUGCAGAAGAUCCUGGCGGAGUCCCCCCCACCCGCCCGUCUCGACAUCCAGCUGCCGAUCAUCUCAGAUGACUUCAAAUUCCAGGUGUGGAGGAAGAUGUUCCGGGCUCUGAUGCCAGCGCUGGAGGAGCUGACGUUUGACCCGAGCUCUGCGCACCCCAGCCUGGUGGUGUCUUCUUCGGGCUGCCGCGUGGAGUGCUCGGAGCAGAAGGCGCCGCCGGCCGGGGAGGACCCACGCCAGUUCGACAAGGCAGUGGCGGUGGUGGCCCACCAGCGGCUCUCGGAGGGCGAGCACUACUGGGAGGUGGAGGUGGGCGACAAGCCGCGCUGGGCGCUGGGCGUGAUCUCGGCCGAGGCCCCCCGCCGCGGGCGCCUGCACCCGGUGCCCUCGCAGGGCCUGUGGCUGCUGGGGCUGCGCGAGAGCAAGAUCCUGGAGGCGCACGUGGAGGCCAAGGAGCCGCGCGCGCUGCGCAGCCCCGAGAGGCGGCCCACGCGCAUCGGCCUCUACCUGAGCUUCAGCGACGGUGUCCUCUCCUUCUACGACGCCAGCGACGCGGAUGCCCUCGUGCUGCUUUUUGCCUUCCACGAGCGCCUCCCCGGGCCCGUGUACCCCUUCUUCGAUGUGUGCUGGCACGACAAGGGCAAGAACGCCCAGCCGCUGCUGCUCGUGGGGCCCGAAGGCACAGAGGCCUGAGCCGCCGGGUGGGCGGGUAGGGGAGGGGCGCAGGGGUUUGGGUAGGAGCUUGGGUAUCCUUGG